CUUAUCGUUGAUUAUAUUUCACACUGGAAGUAGAACUUGGAGACAAGAUUUUCUCACUUUAAACAAUUUUGAUGGCAGAAAAAAGAAGGUCCUACAGUGUAAGGGAAGCAAUGGAGGAACUCAUGGGACCCGAUGGACAAAAAUGGGCCAGUAUGCAUCCAGAAGAACAAAUGUUAGCAGCUGCUACAGCAUUUACCCAUAUCUCUGCAAGGCAGGGUGAGGGAGAUAUCAGGAGAGAAGCCAAAUCUAUCCAAUAUGAUCCCUACAGUAAAGCUUCAGUAACCCCAGGGAAGCAACCUGCUCUUCAUGCGCAGCUACAGUACCCACGUGUAGAAAGUGAUGUCACUUCAGAAACAGUCUCAGAGGCCUCCCAAAGACUUGGAAAGCCAGUGAUGAAGAGAAAGGUGCUGCGUAGAAAGCCAGAUGGGGAAGUAUUAGUGACAGAUGAGUCAGUUAUCAGUGAAUCAGAAUCUCGUACAGAAAAUGAUCUGGAUCUCUGGGACUUAAGACAAAAGCUGAUGAAUCUGCAGCUCCAGGAAGACAGAGAAUCUCCAGUUGAUAUUUCUCAAGAAUUUAAUCUACCAUAUGAAUACCAAGGAAUUUCUCAAGAUCAGCUCAUUUGCUGUCUACAAAGAGAAGGAAUGGGCCCUCCAGCUUAUGAACAAGACCUGAUUGUUGCCAGCAGACCCAAGUCCUUUAUUCUCCCAAGGCUGGACCAGUUAAGCCGAAAUCGGGCCAAGGUGGACCGGGUAGCCCGAUAUUUUGAGUACAAACGGGACUGGGACUCAAUGCGGUUACCUGGUGAAGAUCAUAGGAAGGAAUUACGCUGGGGUGUCCGAGAGCAGAUGCUUUGUCGAGCAGAACCCCAAUCCAAGCCUCAGCGCAUAUAUGUUCCAAACAAUUACUUAGUGCCAACUGAGAAGAAAAGAUCUGCUCUCUGUUGGGGUAUUCGUUGUGACCUUGCAAAUGGUGUUAUGCCCAGGAAACUUCCCUUCCCUCCUCCUUAAUUCUUUUUUUGCCUGUCUCUCCUUUCACAGGAUUGCUUGGGAUAACCAGGUUAUCCCAAUGUUAUCCCAAUGUUCUUUUUAUGUCUCCUAUUAAAUAACAACCGACUUGAAAAGCCCAUAGAACAUUAGAGUAAGGACUCAACAUCGUUGGUCUUUCCAAGCUAUAUAUCACAUUGGUAUCAGAUACCAUUUAAGUUCCAAAUUACCACUCUCAAAUCCAGCAAUUGCAAGAGAAAUCAUGCCAGAGAAAGAAAAAUAGACCUACUUUUUCUAUUUUUUCAAAUUAAUAAGCACCGUUUCUGUUCUAUAACCUUUGGCCAAUGUAAGUUGCUGUGUUUUAAUGUAUGUUUUUAAAGUUGCUGGGCAUUAAGUUUAUCAAAGAAUUUUGGAAAUUUG